AUGGACACCCGCUCUGGGAGCCAGUGUUCCGUCACCCCAGAAGCCAUACUCAACAAUGAAGAGCUGGUCUUGCCGCCCCGCAUCUCCAGAGUGAACGGCUGGUCGUUACUGCGCUACUUCCAGGUGGUGACCUGGGCUGUCUUCCUGGGCCUUUCUUUGACCACCUUCGGGAUCUUCAUUCCCCUCCUGCCUCACGCGUGGAAAUACAUCACCUACGUGAUAUCCUUUCCACUGUGACCGGGGGGGAUCUUCUCCUUCCACCUUGUCGUCCACCUGAUUGUAUCCUGUGUCGACCCGGCCGACUCCAAUGUCAGACUCAUGAAGAACUGUUCUCAGCCCAUGCCCAUCUUCGACAGAGCAAAACACACACACGUGAUCCAGAAUCAGUUCUGCCACCUGUGCAACGUCACUGUGAACAAGAAAACCAAACACUGCAUUUCUUGCAAUAAGUGUGUGUCCGGCUUUGAGCACCACUGCACGUGGAUCAACAACUGCGUGGGAAGCCAGAAUUACUGGUUCUUCUUCAGCACUGUGGCCUCGGCCACAGCUGGCACGCUCUGCCUGAUCGCCAUCCUGCUGUACGUCCUCGUCCAGUACCUCGUGAACCCCAGGGUGCUCCGCACGGACCCCAAGUAUGAAGAUGUCAAGAAUACGAACACGUGGCUGCUGUUCCUCCCCCUGUUCCCGGUGCAGGUGCAGACCCUGACAGUCGUGAUCAUCGGGAUGUUCGUGCUCCUGCUGGACCUUCCUGGCUUGGUGCACCUGGGCCACCUGCUUAUCUUCCACAUCUACCUGAAGGCCAAGAAGAUGACCACCUUUGAGUAUCUCAAUAAGACCUGCAAAGAAGAGAGUUCAAAACAUCAAGCAGCGAGGAAAGAUCCACAUGUGCAAAUGGAGGAAGGAUUUCUCCAGCAAGGAGACAGCGCCCUGGACUCAUCUGCAGAGGGAGCCAAGGCCAGGAACUCCCUGCAGAUAUCCAGGUGCCUCUGUCUGUUCUCCAGUACUGUACUCCCAGAAGGGGGUUCGACGGCACAGGAAGCAGAUGAUGGCCUGAGUACAUCUACACUUGGCCUGCAAAAGAAACAACAGAGCCCAUGAAAACCGACAGUGCUGAAAGUGAAGACUGAGAUUCAGGCCAGCAACCAGAGCCCAUCAUCUCAGAGGCCCCUGGAUGUCCUUCGAAGGAACCAGGACCUUCAGAGCCCAGCAUCC